AUGCUCGUUUCUCGCCAGACGCUGUUCUGGGCGAUCCAGUACGGUGCUUUAACGGUCAAUUCCCAGGACUCUGGAGACGCGUUCAAUGCAAAUGUUAACAUCGCUCUUGACUUACCUACGUCAGUAACGACAGUAUCUGCCCCGAUUUCGAGGGGAGUGAUAGCCCAACCCACUCCCCCAACCUCAUUUCCAACAACCACAGCUUCCACCGAUCCACCUGAUUACAAUGGAGAUCCUACCGAUGACGGGAGCACUUCCCAAAUAUCAAGUACAUUAACCACUAAACCUAAUAUCUGGUCUUCAAAAUGGGCGAACUCAACACGCCCAUCAAAGGGUUUAACCUCCCAGAGCAGCUCAGUUAUAUCCAGUUCCCUCGCACCUCCUUAUACCAACAAUACCGUAACUUCGGCUCCGAUUAGUCUGCCAUCUUCGACUUAUAAUCCCGCGCCCAACAUUUCGACUACCCCUUGCUGGCCUCUCAGGCCAGAUGAGCAAGUCACAGUCUGGGAAAUCCUCCCGAACCCAAACACAGUCACGCUCACAAUUUUCCCAAAUGCCUCGAUGCCAUUUUUUUCGAGUGUACCAGAAUUUACGCCUCCAACAUAUUGCACCGCAACUGAAAGUGCGGCCAUACCUCCGUCGCCGGUGGGCACAUCUGAAGUCUGGGGUGUACAUCCGACGACCGGGCCCCUCUUUGUCCCUUCUACUAGUACCUUUAAAAUGACAACUACUGUCAUCACUACAAGCAAAAAUCCGGUCACUUCUUACACCACUCCAGGAGAUCUUGGGUUUCCUGGCGGGACCGUUACGAAUAAAGAACCAAAUGACCCCGAUCCAACCGACGAGAUAUCGUGGGGCCCAAUAAGACCUCCUACAGGCCGAGGCACGACUGCUAUCCCUAUCGUUACUCUCGGACCAGAUGGAAAUCCAGUACCAACUGGUGGCGCCGACCCGAAUGGAAAUGGCAACGGAAAUGGUAAUGGAAACGGGAAUGGAAACGGAAACGGAAACGGAAACGGAAACGGAAACGGAAACGGAAACGGAAAUGGCAAUGGAAACACCCCAACCCCCACUAUAACAGUAGGCGGCGUGCCUGUGGUUGUUGACCCCACCAAGGUUGUCAUUGGAACACAAACCGUGAAUGUGCCUCGGCCUGGAAACAAUGGUAAUGGAAAUGGUAAUGGUAACGGGAAUCCGCCGCCAGUGACAAUCACCCAAGGCGGGCAGAUCUUUACGGUUAACCCUUCCCAAGUGGUUGGAGCCGGGACUGCCAUCAAUUUACCCCCGAACAAGGGCGGUAUUUUCGUUGGCGCUCCAGAACGAACCACCAUUCAAGGCGUACCGGUACAGUUGGGGCAGUCAGUUGCUGUGAUUGAUGGGUCGACAUAUUCUAUAGGACCGGGAGCGCCACAGCAGACGAUAGUGGUGAACGGGCAAACCAUUUCGAUCGGACCUGGAGGCUUAGGAUUUGCUCAGACCACAGUACCACCCGCUGGCCCCCAACCCACCAAUGUUGUUAUUGUCGAUGGACAGGUGAUUUCAGCAAUUGGGUCCUCUAUAGCUGUUGUUGAUGGGAUUACUUAUACGUAUGGACCCGGAAUCACCCCCAAGACGGUGGCAUUGAAUGGGGAGCACAUCACUAUCGGGCCAGGUGGAAUUUAUUAUCAUGGAACAACGAUUGGAGGCGCUGCACAUCCGACUGGGACGCAGCUCGGACUUGCUGGGGGGCUUUCGAUAACUGAAAUCGGAUCAACACUUGCCGUGGUUAACAGCAUGACGUUCACGAUAGGCCCAGGGUCAACUCCAUUGACAACUGUUAUCGAUGGGCAUACGAUCACUUUUGGUCCCGCUGGAGUAGGGCUUGGAAGCACAACACUCUCAUAUCCGUUCAAUCCAACCACACGAAUAAUCACGGCCGGCGGGGUUACACUGACAGAGAUCGGGGGCUCAUUAGUGGUAAUUGGCGGCACUACGUUCACAAUUGGCCCAGGCGCCAAAACAACGACCGAUAUAUACAAUGGCCAAACGAUCAGUCUCGGGCCCGGCGGGAUCGGGUUCGCAACAACUACUGUUGCAGCUGCGGGAGCCACACCCACUUCGUCAGCAAAAGCGACGGGGAAGAAAAAUGAUGCGGCGGGCUUGCGGAGACCAAUGAGCGGAGUUCUAGGAGUAUACGUGGUUAUUUGCAUUGCGUAUACGAUAUGA